AGUCGUUCUUGUAGCAAGCGCUUAAAUAACAAAACAAAGACGACCUGCUCUGCGCGCACAAACAGUGUUGCUCAGAGCAAAAGGAGACAAAAGAACUUGACGCCAUGAAUGCCCCUGAUCGCUAUGAGCGAUUCGUCGUCCCUGAAGGCACCAAAAAGGUUUCGUACGAGAGAGAUACGAAAAUUAUCAAUGCUGCGUCGUUCACCGUAGAGAGAGAAGACCACACCAUCGGCAACAUUCUUCGCAUGCAAUUACACAGAGAUGAUAAUGUUCUUUUUGCUGGUUACAAGCUGCCUCACCCUCUCAAGUACAAAAUUAUCGUUAGGAUUCACACGACCAGCCAGUCAUCGCCAAUGCAGGCGUAUAAUCAGGCCAUCAAUGAUCUAGACAAGGAACUUGACCAUCUGAAGAAUGCUUUUGAGGCUGAGCUUGCAAAUCGUCCAGGGCAGUACUAAGCUUGUGUAAAUUCAAAGAACCAUUUGUGGUGGUGGUGGAAGUUGAGGGUCAAGGAGUGAUAUCAGGCUACUAUGUUGCUGGUUGUAAAUUAACUAAGACUUUUACAGAUGUGAUGAACAGAGUGGGGCCAAUGUUUCUUUAGAAACGGCACCCUGAUGUGUUUUCUUUCAAGUAGAUUGCUUAUAAUCACACAGGUAUUUCGUACUCUUGAAUGCCAACGUUGUGCGGAGCCUUGAUUCCUGCAUGCUGUCUUUUCUUCCCUUGAAUGCGAUGCUAUGCCUCAUGUUAACAUGCUAUUGUUUUCUGGCAUCUAAUGUUCAGAUUGGUUAUCUCCUUUCUACUAGCUAAAAUC